AUGGAUCAGGCAAUAGUUAUUGAUGAUGAUGAUGUGGUCAUGAUUGAAAAAGACGACAGAGAUGAAGUAUUUCUUCUGGAACGAGGUAGAUUAUCCUGCUUUUCCUUUGCUUGAUCCACCCUUUUGUCUUAUCGAUAUAUUUAUGCUGACAGGUCUCAACAGAGCCCAGUAAUUCUUCAAAACACUUUCCCAUUGACGACACGAUCCGGUAUCGAAACUCUCAACCCGUGCCCAGAGAGGAUCGUCCCCAAAAAUCAACGCAUCGGUCUCAUUCGGGCGGUUCUGCUGAUCCCCGCUAUUCAACCCAUCUCCCUUCCAUCGACCUGACGACUGCUGUGACUUCUAGUAAUCCUACAGUCAACGAUAGCAACACUCUCAAAGACAGAAUUUGCAGUGUCUUGUUUAACCAGCUAGAAUUAAUGCCAGAAGCUGGUGGUUACGAAUUAUCACGGUCCUGGAAUAUCGCUCUGGGAGCCGGAACCAACAAAGAAAUGUCAGACCUUACUGACCUCGCUACACAUCCUACUAAGAGAGAACGUGAUAUAGCCGCACUCGACGAAGUGGCUCCUGAACCCCGGGAUAUCUCUUAUGCUUCUAUACCUGAGCGUCGCUAUUCGAAUACAAGCUUGAUCUCGAUUUUGGAUGACGGAGAUGGGGAUGAAUUAGCUGCUGCACGCGAUGCAACGCGGCGCGCAGAUGACGAAAUAGUCCUGAUCGAAGACGACGACGACGGAGAUGAAAUAUCUAUCGCACACUAUGUGCCGUUGCGCGCAGAUGAUGAUAUAAUCCUGAUCGAAGACAACGAAGACCUUGAAUUCAAGCUCGAAACGCAACUUCUGGAACAGCCUGAAUUCUACUACUUGUGCUCAGCAACUGUAAACGAAAAGCCUAAACCCAAGCGAAAACCUAAAGUCCAUCCAUUACGCAAUCCACCAAUCACUAAUCCUUACUUUGAAUGCGGAACUUAUCUACACGAAAAUUUCAAUUUGAGACCAAAGAAAACUAUAGAAUUAGAAGACGGCGAUUUUGUCUACAUCAAGCACAUUGUGAAGUAUGUUAAGCCUGAAGAUGGUCGUGGCACUAGUGUUGCUAGCGUCAAAAAUCCUUCUAUCAUGAUUCGUGGUUUACGAUUGCAGAGAUGCAAAUUUUUGAACGGCAUGUUGGAAAGGAAGAUGAAUGAAGUCUGUCUAUGUUACGAGAUCGACUUGGACGACCCACGUGAGCCUGAAGAACAAAGUCUUGUCGAGGUACCCUUGACCUCCAUUAAAGCGUUGCGCGGCCUUCAUUGGACAAAUCACAACUACCCUGAGCAUCGCAACCUCAAUCGUGACGAUUUUGCAAAUGAUCAAGAUGCAUACGACAAAGGAGGACUCACUGUCCGUUGGAAAUACUGUUGUACAUAUGCUUCAGCCUCAGCUAGAGAACAGAACAUAUACGCCGAGCGAACUCUAGAAAGAAUCACGGAAGAAUGGUUGUCAUCGGUACAUGGAAGCUCACGCACACACCGGGUAUCAAACACGCAAUUGAGGACGGAAUGGCGUGGAGAAACGAUUCCUGGUGGUACUUACGUACCAGAAUGCUAUGAGCUUAACGAAGAAGAUGACUCAACAACCCAAGUAGAGCAGCCUCGAGAUUCUGCCAUGACUGACGAUAUUCAGAGUCCAUUCAAGUCAGUCAUAAUCCUCAAUGAUGACUAUGAUGGCGCUUCUCCACCUCUGAGAUCUCAGCAGUUUGAGACAGACGGUGUUCAAGUCAAGCGCAAGUCAGAUUUCCCUUCAUCUUCAGAUAUAGAUUCCGAUCAAGAAAAUCAGCCAGCAAAAAAAGUCCGUCAAGUUUCCAAGGAUAGGGUUGAAAUGAUCAGGCAGCGUCUAGGUCGCGUAAUGCUUUCAUUCAAUGGUAAAGAUUAUGUGAAGCAAUCUUACAACAUAGGGACAUCCUCAGGGGUAGAUAUAAGCAAUAAAUCCAGCAAAUUUCCGUCCCCUAGAAGGCAACUUCGUCAUACAGGUAGCUCAGCUAGAGGUACUGGAUCGAAAGGCAGCAUUCGUCCAAAAGUAAGGAACCUUUCAACUUCACAAAGGUGCAGCCCUCCGGGAUCUCAAAAUACCUACUCCGAGACUAGUCUUUCCGGCAUCUUCUCGUCAAUUCUCUCUCCAAAAAUUCCACGUCAAAUUGACAUUACUUCCUCUGAGUUAGCCUCCCCACCUCCCAUCGGGGUUAUCGACCUAUCGUCCUCAACCAACCACUCUUACUCCUCUUCAUUAGUCCAAUCUAACGUCUCAAUCUCACACUCACUAAAAGAACCACGCACUCUCUCCCAUGGUCAAACUCUCACCUACGGCGAUGCAUUCUGCGGAGCAGGCGGUACCACACGCGGAGCAGUCAUGGCUGGUCUUCGCGUAAAAUGGGGGUUUGACUUCGAUCACCACGCCUGCACAACCUGGCGUCUCAAUUUCCCCUACGCAACCUGCUACGAAAUGUCCUCCGAUCGCUUUGUAGCUCUCGCUACUCCUUCUCCAUAUUCAUCCUUCAUUCCUAAUGAUGUCAAAGUUGAUGUGCUACAUCUUUCACCUCCAUGUCAAUAUUUUUCACCAGCGCAUACACAAGAAGGAAAAAAUGAUGAGAUGAAUACCGCUAGCUUGUUUGCCGUUGCCGCUGUUAUUAAAGUGGCCAAGCCAAGGGUUGUGACGUUGGAACAGACGUUUGGGAUUUUGUAUCCGAGGUUUAGGGGAUAUUUUUCGAGUUUGAUUUUAAUGUUUACAAGUUGUGGAUUUUCGUUAAGGUGGGCUAUUGUGCCAUUAGCUCAAUGGGUAAGUUUCCUCUCCAUUUUUAUGUACUCAGCGGACCAUCUUGCUAAUUUUCUAUCAGGGAGUUCCGCAAAGACGAUUUCGUUUGAUUAUUAUCGCAUCAUGGCAAGUUUCCACUCAAACCCCUCUUUCAUACACUUUAACUAAUAAUACCCUCAGCCCAGGUGAACCCCUUCCCCCAAUGCCACCACCAACUCACUCAUCCCCCUCUUCCCCGCUCCCAAACACCCACCCCUUCAAAACCGUCUACCAAACUCUGCGCGAAAUUCCACCUUACGCCGCCAACCACUCCCCUCAUCUUCUUCCCGAGAAAGACCUCAAAGCAUACAACCCCCACGCCAUUCUUUCCCACACAAUGACCACUAGUGGCAGUGAAAACUGGCAUCCUAGCGGAAAACGAGGAUUUACUGAUCGGGAAUUUGCGUGUCUACAGGGAUUCCCAUUACAGCAUCGCUUUGAACCGAAUGGGAUUAAGAGACAGAUUGGGAAUGCGGUGCCGCCGGUUGUAGCGAAGGUGUUGUUUGAGGGUAUUAGAAGGUUUAUGGAAGGCACGGAUGGGAUUGUUGGGAGUGAGCAUGGUGGAGGUGGAGGUGGAGGUGGAGAUGGCGGGGCGAGUGAUGCGAUGGAUGUUUGUGAGAAGAUGGAGGGGGUUGAGACUGUGGAUGGUGAUACUGGAGUGGAUAUUCUUGUUAAGGAGUCGAAUAAGACGGAUGAGGAUAAGCUUGCCGGGAUUAAGAGGGCCGUAAAGCCUAUUGUUAUUGAUUAACUGGUACUUUAUUUCGAUGGGACUGAAUUAGGAUGUACGUCCAAUGCGGAAUGGUUCUUGAGCUGCGUCUGGUCAUACCAUAGGUACGGUAGGCCGAAUAACUCAUUUUGUGAGCACAACAGGAAGGAGGAUAGUGUAUUGUCAUGUUGUCUUGUCUUGGUGUUGACGCAGUAUUUCGAGUUACAGUAACACAAUCCGCAGAAGAUGAACUGUAAAUCUGCACAAAUCGU